AGUAUAUGCCAAUCCGAGCGUGUGUUCACGACUACGACGAGUCUGCCGCACUUCCGGCCAGAUCGCCGGAUAUCCGCUGAGUGACCCUUACGAGUCCUUCUUGAUCCUGAAGUGGAAUAGGUGCCGCUGUUGCUGUUGGUGUUGGUGUUGAAUUCAGAACUGUAGCGGCACAUGGGGCUGGAGGACGAGCGAAAGAUGCUGACCGGGUCCGGAGAUCCCAAGGAGGAGGAAGAGGAGGAGGAGGAAUUAGUGGAUCCCCUAACAACAGUGAGAGAGCAAUGCGAACAGCUGGAGAAAUGUGUAAAGGCUCGGGAGCGGCUAGAGCUCUGUGACCAGCGUGUAUCCUCCAGGUCACAGACGGAGGAGGAUUGCACCGAGGAGCUCUUUGACUUCCUGCAUGCAAGGGACCACUGCGUGGCCCACAAACUCUUUAACAGCUUGAAAUAAAUGUGCAUACUUCACCCCCGCCUUCAUCACCCGAGCAUCAGGAUAUUUCAUGGUUUCGACCAUGCCAUUUGUUUCUUAUCUGUGUAACUGUACGUUCAUGUGAACCUCAUGGAUCUUGGCUUAGGCAAGUAACUUCUAUGUAAUUAGCAGUGAUUCCUCUUAAUAAAGUCCAGUGAUCUGCA